AGUGGUUCGAGAAUUCAGUUCACCUUCACUACCAUCAUCUGCACAGGAAGCUAGCUUAGAGGGAGCAUCUCCGCACAAGGGCCUUUCAUUGCAUCGUUCCUGUCAGUUUACUCGUUGCUUAAACGUUCCCCGAUCCCCACCCAGAGAUUACGACCAUGGAUCACUUUCUUGCUCCACACAGCACAGAAUCGAUGGCAUAUUCCAGCGUUAGCCAGGACUGGUUAGAUUGGGACAUCAGUCAUCCUUCGUUUGACGAGUCCCUUGUUGGCCACUGCGCUUCAUAUCAUGCGGUAGACCGUUAUUUAUCUGGCGAGGAUCUUUUCAUACCUCCUCGUUCCCCGAGUGAGCUGGAACGCGUCCUACGUCGACACGCGUAUGACUCGAUCCAUAAUGCAAUAGCAAGAUCUCGUCAAACACUAAAAACCGGCGGAUACAGCCGGACUUGCCAUCUGGCAGAACAAUCAAUCCGCAGUGUUCUCGACGCAAAUGACAAUGCGAGGAGAUUGCUCGCCUGGCACAGGCCCAACAACCCUUCGCAUGUGGCUAUGGAGAUGUCACAUUCUGUUUCAGCAAUCCAAGUGUAACUCGCAUCGACUUCAAAAGCUGGGUAUGAAUAUUCAUUCUUGGCAUCAUUUCAUUGUAAAUGCAUAUUGUUAUCGAACCAACCAGUAUACUCUCAAACGCAACAACAUGUACAUUAGCGUUUCCCCUCAUAUAUCAAUACACGAUUAACUAUAGACUUAGAUCGCUUUACCGAUUUUUGAUGUCGACAGUGACACUGCACAGUACCGCUUCAAGUUUGAUGAAGCCCCUGACGGGUAUCAAGUAAUUUGUCUGAUUC